AUGUCGAGAUGCCUGCGUAUAUGUGGGGCGUACUCAUAUCGGCUGACGCGAAAACAUUCAACGAUAUUUCUCAUUGCUUCAUUCAUACUGACCUUGACUGUAAUACUUCAACUUUACGCCUACAAACAUCAAGAUAUUCCACAUUUUGCAACAAGGGUAGGUGACUUCGAGUAUAGACCAGGAACAUUUUUAAGAGGUCAUCAACCAAAUGUAAAUUCAAGUUAUUGUCACUUCAACUAUGGCUUGCCAAAAACAAUAAAUUGGGAGAACAUACAAAUACUUCCCCCUCCAGAAGGAGGCAGCAGCAGCAUUUACAGGGUAAUUUACGACGCCAUUCAAGGGACGGCCUAUGCAAAUCAUUCUAAAUAUAAUGCAGUGACGUACGCCACUCAAGCUACACCAGAAUUCAUUUAUCAUAUUGUAGAAAUUGCAAGAUAUUGGGAUGGACCAAUAAGUUUGGCAGUGUUCGUACCAAAUUAUGACAUGGAUUUAACAAUGCAAAUUAUCAAUCAGUUAUGUCGGUGUUAUUCUGGUAUGUCAAAAGUUUCUCUACAUCUAUUUUUCCCAAAACGUCACCCACCUAAAAUAAGAAUACCUAGUUUGUUACCAGUCACUACAGAAAUACCAACAACCACAGCAAACAUAUCAAAUGAACAGAUUUUGAUGCAGAAAAUAGAAAGAUAUAGAAAUUUAACAAAUCAAACGAGAGCAGAAUAUGUACACUGGGUUAGAAAGAGAAAGAUAGAGAGAAUGAUGGCCAAAUUACCACAAUUAGAAUUAGAAGCACCAAAAUUAUUUUUUUCUGACUGUUCUGGAUUAGAAGUACUUGACGUACCCACUUUUAGACAAGAUAAAAAUAUGGUGUACCCAAUAAAUGUGGGAAGAAAUGUCGCAAGGAAUGCAUCUAGAACUAAUUAUUUUAUUGUGUCAGAUAUAGAAUUAGUGCCAAGUGAUAGAUUAGCUCAUAAAUUUUUAGCAAUGAUAAGGAAACUAAUGGGUGACAAGAAACGAAACGAAGGCAGUAUAUUUUAUAAAACUGUUUUUGUGGUCCCAUUAUUUGAAGUAGAAAAAGGAGUCGAUUUACCACGAGAUAAGGAUAUGUUAGUACGUUUGGUAAAUGAAAAUCGCGCAAAAUACUUCCAUCAAAAGGUGUGUGCACAUUGUCAGCGAUUUCCCGGCUUGCAAUCGUGGCUGUUGCGACCGACACCGAAAGGAAUUGAGCCUAUGUUGAUCGCCCGGAGAGAAUAUCCUUAUCACAGAUGGGAACCUUUGUACUUUGGUACUCAAGGUGAACCGUGGUACAGUGAAACGUUAUCCUGGGAGGGACGCCAAGACAAAAUGACACAGAUGCUAGAAAUGUGCCUUCAAGAAUACCGUAUGGUAGUGCUGGAUGGAGCAUUUCUGUGUCACGCAGCAAUAUCACGAAACGGUUCGAGACACAAUCGGGCGGAGCGAGUCAACCACAGGCGUUAUCAGACCAUCAUAGCCUCCUUCAAACGGAAGUACCAAAACAGACCUAAGUGCAAAGUUAUGUAUGGGUGU